CUGAGUUUGUCAUCGGCGCACGAAACUGUUGGCGUUACAGGGCUUGAGGCAGCUCGCCAGAUGUGAGAGUUAUCCGUAGUCACUGUGAUGACCACAAAAAAGAGCAGAUUUCCACCACUGCAUCAAACCCUCAAGACUCUCUCCAGCUGUCCAGUGUUCAGGGGGGCGAUGCCUAAUGGGGCAUUUGGAGUUCUUGGGACCAUACAGAUCAUGGUGGGGCUGUUUAACAUUGGGCUUGGUCCCGGACGCACAAGCACACAUCCUGGAGAUCUGACCAGCUUAGGAACUCCUUACUGGCUGGGUGCAGUGUGCAUCGCAGCUGGAAUCCUUUCCGUUAUCAUUGGUCAGUGCCCCUGCUUGUGCUUUACAUGGUAUGCUGUGUUUAUGAACAUAGCUGGCUGCAUCUUCGCCAUCACUGGUAUUGUGCUGUAUGCUAUAGACCUGGCAGAAGCCUCUGUUGUCUGGAUGUGUGACUUAAACUGGUCCACUGCUCAAUACAACGAUAACUGCAAAUAUGUGGCGUUCUUUGCUCAGAGUUUGCUGACAGCCAUGGACAUUACUUUGAUCGUGCUCACUGUUCUCCAGCUGUGCGUCUGCAUUAGUGCCACAGUUCUGGGAAUCAGGGCUCUGGGUAACAGACUGAAGAAAAAACAGGAUCUCAGACAUGCUGAGAUUUACCAGCCUGUGUUGAAGGAAGUCCUCAUGACGUGUCCUGGUGCCUGAAAUCAACUACCCUAACAUGUGGAUGCAUGAAAAAGCAAUAUGUCUUUAUAAACCUUGUGUAAAUCUAUAAGAUGCGUUAGUGAAAGGUAAUCAAAAGUACAACCCCAACUCUGAAGAGCUGGGAUUCUGUGUAAAGUGUAAAUAAAGUUAAAAUGCAGUGAAAAUGAGUAAAUCUAAGAAACCCAUAUUUUAUUCACAGUAGAACAGAAAUAGAUGUCAAAUGUUUAAACUGAGAAAAUGUAAAUUUCAAGAAAAAAACAAAAAGGUAAAUUUAAAUUUAAUAGCAGCAACAAGCCUCACAAAAUUUUUUGCCACUGUGUAGCAUCACCUCCUCUUUUAACAACAGCCUGCAAAUGUCUCAGAGCUGAGGAGACCACACUUUUUUGUUCUGCUCUCCUCGGAUGCAUGAUUGAUUUAUGAAGCACUCUUCUGUGGUGAAGUCAUGUUGUUGGAAAAGAUUCAGAGCGCUGUUUAUUGUAAAAUAUAAAAUUGCUUCCCCGAAAAAUACUACAUGAGAUCAUAUGUUGCUGCCCAUAAACCUGGAUAUACCUUUCAGCACUGAUGGUGUCUUUCCACAUGUGCAAGCGACCAACUCCGCAGGCGCUAACGCAGCUCUAAAUCCUGUAGAUACAGAGUUCUGAGUGCUGAUAAGAAGCUUGAUGGUCUCUCUGGUCUGUAGGCUGGGGGAUGCAUGUUUUUCAAAAAGAAUUUCACAUUGUGAUUCAUCUGAUCACAGAACAAUUUUCCACUUUGCCUCAGAACACUUUAUGUAAGCUUUGACUCAGAGAAGAUGCCAGCAUUCCCAAACUUGUCCAAAUAUGACUUCUUCUUUGCAUAAUAGACCAUUAAUGUGUAUUUCUGGAGGUCAUUGUGCACUGUUAAAAAAAAAAUCCUAGAAAAACAGUAAUAUUCCGGCAGCUGGGGCGCCAAAAUAAUACCAGA